AUGGAAUAAACUCAGGAUACUCUUAACACUUUAUUCAAGUAAUUAUGUUGUCUCUCUUUACUAUCUUAAAAAACUUCUAAAGAACUUGAUGAUAUGUAUCAUCGUUUAGCUAUUCAUGAAACUUCCUUAUAAAAUCAAUUGAUUCAUCAUUAAACUAUCAAUGAAUCAGAAUUUAAGUAUCUAAUCUAAUUUAAAUUUAUAGAUUAAUCUAGCGUUUCCUUGCUAGAAUAUCUGAAUCUUAUUAAUUAAUGUUAGCCAAAAGAUAAAUUAUAAGAUCCAAAAAUUCUAAGUUUCUAUAGACCAUUUAUAAUUGUCAAACUUAAAAGUUCGAUAGCAAAAGAUUAAUUAUGAAUUCAUUGAUUUCUGCUAUUUAUUAAGAGUGUCGACAUUAAAUUGAAUUAAUCUUAAAUAGACAACAAGAUGCUUAAAUCAAAAGAGUAAUACUCUAUCAAUUUUAAGAUGCAUAGUCAGGAUAGCAAUCAUUAAGAAUAAGAAAUCCAGAAUCAAUUUUAUUCUAUGGAAGUUACAAAUAAAAAACAUAUACAAAAUGAUUGGUCAAUUAAUAUCAAAAAUAAUCAAAAAUUGAAUUAUUUCUAUACCAAAAUCUUUCCAAAAUAAUAUGAAGUAAUUGAAUCGGCUGACAAGUAAUCUUAAAUAUAUAUUAUCUUAGAAUUUAAGAAGAAUAAAUUCUAUAUUUUUAAAGCAGAUAAUAAAAUAUGGAUAGAAUUUUUAAGUAAUUAAAUUCAUAAAAUGAACAUAUUCAAAAAUCUUUAAAUUGGUCUUUAGAUAUUGAUUUAGAUAGUUAUAAUCGAAUAAUUGAAAAAAAAUUAUAAAGAAUCAAGCUAAUUUAAUUAACUACCUAAUAACUAUCUAAUCUAUCUUCUCCAUCUAAACCUUCUUAAUUAUCCAAUAAAUCUAUCAAAUAAAAUAGUCCUAUCAGUCCUUUUAAAAACAUUAAUAAUUUUACCAAAAUGCCCCAGAUAUAUAACAAAUAGAGAAGCUAAUCAUAAAAUGUCCCUUAAAGUGAAUUAAGAUUUAAAAAUUCUGUUGCUCUAUCUAAUUAAUUAUAAGGACAUUCUCAAAAUACAAGUCUAAAUUAAAGAUAAAAUUAAAUGGAUUCUGAAAAAUCCAUUUUAUUUGCUAAACUUAUUGAAAAUUAUAAAUAAAAUUUAUUGUAACUCAACAAAGUAAGGGUUGAAUCAAAACCAAAAAAGUAAAUAUGUUCGGUUCUUAAAAGCAAAUAAUUAAUAGAUCUAAUACCAAAACAUAGCUCUAAACUAAAACCUAGAGAAAAAAAAAACUAUAAUUAAUAAGNUAUAAAAUCAAUUGAUUCAUCAUUAAACUAUCAAUGAAUCAGAAUUUAAGUAUCUAAUCUAAUUUAAAUUUAUAGAUUAAUCUAGCGUUUCCUUGCUAGAAUAUCUGAAUCUUAUUAAUUAAUGUUAGCCAAAAGAUAAAUUAUAAGAUCCAAAAAUUCUAAGUUUCUAUAGACCAUUUAUAAUUGUCAAACUUAAAAGUUCGAUAGCAAAAGAUUAAUUAUGAAUUCAUUGAUUUCUGCUAUUUAUUAAGAGUGUCGACAUUAAAUUGAAUUAAUCUUAAAUAGACAACAAGAUGCUUAAAUCAAAAGAGUAAUACUCUAUCAAUUUUAAGAUGCAUAGUCAGGAUAGCAAUCAUUAAGAAUAAGAAAUCCAGAAUCAAUUUUAUUCUAUGGAAGUUACAAAUAAAAAACAUAUACAAAAUGAUUGGUCAAUUAAUAUCAAAAAUAAUCAAAAAUUGAAUUAUUUCUAUACCAAAAUCUUUCCAAAAUAAUAUGAAGUAAUUGAAUCGGCUGACAAGUAAUCUUAAAUAUAUAUUAUCUUAGAAUUUAAGAAGAAUAAAUUCUAUAUUUUUAAAGCAGAUAAUAAAAUAUGGAUAGAAUUUUUAAGUAAUUAAAUUCAUAAAAUGAACAUAUUCAAAAAUCUUUAAAUUGGUCUUUAGAUAUUGAUUUAGAUAGUUAUAAUCGAAUAAUUGAAAAAAAAUUAUAAAGAAUCAAGCUAAUUUAAUUAACUACCUAAUAACUAUCUAAUCUAUCUUCUCCAUCUAAACCUUCUUAAUUAUCCAAUAAAUCUAUCAAAUAAAAUAGUCCUAUCAGUCCUUUUAAAAACAUUAAUAAUUUUACCAAAAUGCCCCAGAUAUAUAACAAAUAGAGAAGCUAAUCAUAAAAUGUCCCUUAAAGUGAAUUAAGAUUUAAAAAUUCUGUUGCUCUAUCUAAUUAAUUAUAAGGACAUUCUCAAAAUACAAGUCUAAAUUAAAGAUAAAAUUAAAUGGAUUCUGAAAAAUCCAUUUUAUUUGCUAAACUUAUUGAAAAUUAUAAAUAAAAUUUAUUGUAACUCAACAAAGUAAGGGUUGAAUCAAAACCAAAAAAGUAAAUAUGUUCGGUUCUUAAAAGCAAAUAAUUAAUAGAUCUAAUACCAAAACAUAGCUCUAAACUAAAACCUAGAGAAAAAAAAAACUAUAAUUAAUAAGUAUAAUAACCAUGA